AUGCCUGGGCCCAGCAAUUCGGCCAGUAUGACAGGUAACAGAGAGAUCGGACACGUGGAUGCUGCUCUAGAAAAGCUUGGUCCCUUUCGGAGAUACACGUUAGUACAGUUCUCUAUCAACAUCCUGUCGCAGCUUGCUGUGGCAACUCACAUGCUCAGCAUUGUGUUCACGGGUCAAAAGAACCCAUUUCGAUGUCCAGGACUAAGAAACAACUAUUCUGCUAGUUUUACCAACAACAAUGUUUCAGUUUACGAUAGCUUGUGCUACUCUCUGCAUUCUACUGAGGGUAACGGAACUGUAGUCUUCAACACUUGGGAAUGCACAAGUCAAGACGUGGAGUAUGAACUCCCCAAAAAUCAUUACUUUGUCUCUGAAUUUGAUCUUGUAUGUGAACGUGAGGUUUUGGCCGGACUCACACAGACUUUGCUCACCUUGGGACAUGCAGUUGGCUCACUGGUGUUUCCAUACUUUGCUGACAACUACGGGAGGAAGCCCAUCAUCUUGAUAUGUUCCAUUCUGUGGCUGGCGUCAUCCAUUGCGCUAGCCUUUUCUGUCAGCUAUACCAUGCUGGCUAUUUGCAAAACGUUGGUUGGAGUGUUCUUGCAGGGAGUGGCACAAACUUCGGUGACGGUGAUGAUGGAAAUUCUAACAAGCGGUCAACGAGGCCAUAUGUUUGGGUCAUUGGCUUUCAUAUUCUGGACAACAAGCAUAAUAUUGAUGAUCCCUGUGGCCUACCUGCUGAAAGAUUACUCCUGGAGAGUCCUGGAGCUUGCCUACUGUAGCUACUUCAUUUACAUUUUUCUUCUUUUGUUACUAGACGAGCCACUACGGUGGCUGGCAGCAAAUGGCCUGACAGAACGAGUAAUGGACGUGUUAAAACGAGCAGCCAAAUGGAACGGCUCCAAUCUGGAUGAUGUUCUUUCUGCCUUUUACACGGUAUUCUGUAUAGUGUUUUUCAACAGUUUAACAUACUACGCCCUGCUGCUGAUGUCGUCAACACUCUCAGGAAGCUUAUACUUAAACUAUUUUCUCAACUGUGUAGUGGAAAUUCCUUCAGCUAUACUAAUCUACUUUUUUAUUGACAGGUGGGGCAGGAAGAUAUGUUUUGCAGCGUAUAGUAUCAUAGCAGGUACUACAUUAGUGGCAGCAGCCGUUGUAACAACGCUGUUUGUUGACCAAAUGGUGGUCAUCAAAGUGCUGACAAUUAUGGGAAAAUUUGGCAUCUCUGGUUCCUUUGGUGUCAUUUAUACAUUUACGCCUGAACUGUUUCCAACCAACGUACGGAAUACUGGACUCGGAUUAGCAAACGUGAGUGCUUGUAUUGGUGGGAUGCUGGCUCCCUUUUCUGGACUGCUGAUGAAUCAAGCCACAUAUGCUCCGGGUGUGAUAUUCGGAAUAGGCAGUUUAAUUUUGAGUGCCUGGACAUACUUUCUGCCAGAAACUGCCAGACGACAACUUCCACAGUCAAUCGCUGAUAUCGAGGUGUGGUCACAGGAGGAAGAACAGCAGAAAAAUCAGACUUGCCGAGAUCCUGUCUAG